UUCUCCUUCCCAUAACAACCGCUGUGAGGCCUCGAGUCUCCCCGUCCUCUGCUGUCGCCUUCCUGGUGUCACCGUCCCAGUGUCACUCUCCCAGCGCAGACCAGCAGGUCUUAGUAGGAUGGCCAGUCCAGACCCCUAUCUGCGUCAGCCCUGGCUCACAGUGCACGGCAUCCCCAUGGUCAAUGCCUUCGCCCACAACUGGGAACGGAUUGACACUUUCCAGAGCCGCCCUGAGGACAUCGUGGUGGUCACCUUCCCCAAGUCUGGUACCACCUGGGUCAGUGAGAUUGUGGACAUGAUCCUGCAAGGUGGAGAUCCUGAGAAGUGCAAGCGAGACAUUAUCAGCAGGAGAGUGCCCAUGCUGGAGUUCAUUGCCCCCGGGAAGAUGGCAGCAGGAACAGACCUGCUGGCCACCAUGCCCUCACCCCGUGUGGUGAAGACUCACUUGCUGGCACAUAUCCUGCCCAAAUCCUUCUGGGAGAACCGCUGCAAGAUGAUCUAUGUGGGGCGCAACGCCAAGGACGUGGCUGUCUCCUACUACCACUUUGACUUGAUGAACAAAUUGCAGCCGCACCCUGGGACAUGGGCCCAGUACCUGGAGAAGUUCAUGGCUGGCACAGUGGCAUACGGUUCCUGGUAUGAUCACGUCAAGGGCUACUGGGAGCGCAGGAAGGAUCACCCCAUUCUCUACCUCUUCUACGAGGACUUGAAGGAGGACCUCCGCCGGGAGAUUGCCAAGGUGGCCCAUUUCCUGGGGCAGAAGCUGUCGGAGGCGGCGCUGGACACCAUCACCCGACACACUUCCUUCGAGUCCAUGCGGGACAACCCUGCCACCAACUACAGCAAGGUGCCCUCCGACCUCAUGGACCACAGCGUGUCCCCCUUCAUGCGCAAAGGCACCACGGGAGACUGGAAGAACCACUUCACCGUGGCCCAGAACGAGCGCUUUGACCAGGACUACGCGCAGAAGAUGUCAGGCACUGACCUGUGCUUCCGCACUCAGAUCUGAGGAGACACCGCCAGACCCCCCCCAAAUCUGCCCCGUGCUGUGAUGGCACUGCUGCCGUUCCUUCCUCUCCCCUGGCACUGCUGGAGAGAAAUAAAAUGUGCUC